AUGGGUAGUAGGCUCAAGAGAAUGGUGGUCUCCGAUGAAAGCCUUGAGUUGCUUUCCAGGUAUGGCCAAGAAAUUAUGGCAGUGAAGGGGAGGGUCUUGCAAGUUCCACCAGUGUUCAAGCAUCGUGUUCUUGAGAAAACUGGAGUUGAGCCACAAGUGAAAAGAAUUGGAAAAUAUGAAAGUUUUGGUGAGCAACUUGCGCAUAUGACCAUGUCCGAAGAAAAUUGUGAGAUGUUGACAGCAUUGCUCGAUAACAUAUAUGGGAACUGGCUGGACAUAAUUUCUUCUACAAGAGAGGAAGCUGAUGAACUCUUUGCUAAGCCUGCACAGAAUUCGUAUAAGCAAUUUCAGGACAAGGCAGCUUUUUCCGGCCAGAUCAAUGACUAUAAAAUGGAGGAAGUUGCACAAGGGAGAGUUUGGGCAGGUAAAUAUACAACUUCAAGGGGUUUAGUCGAUGCUAUUGGUGGACUUUCUCGAGCUGUUGCGAUAGCAAAGCUCAAGGCAAAUAUACCACAAGACAGAGAGGUUACACUAGUGGAACUUGCAAGACCAUCCCCUUCACUGCCAGAACUUUUAUGUGGCGUGGGGAGUACUCUGGUGGGAGUUGCUUUCCAAGAAUGGCCAAGAAAUUCAAUGGGUAGUAGGCUUAAGAAAUUCUGGUUGAGCAUUUUCGAUGCCAUGGCUGGAAUUACUUUGAAUGACAACUUUGUGAAGGUUGUCUCUUGGUAUGAUAACAAAUGA